UCCUAAUUAUUCAAGUUGACAUUUGCAUUUGGCAUUUGUUAGUAUAUUUUUUGUCAUACAAAAUUUUUGUUAUAGGGAUAUUUAGAAAGAAAUAAAGUAUCCACAUAUCUUGCGUCGUGAAAUAUUAUGAGUGAUAUUCCAUACACCAACUACAAACCAGAAGGCGUGACAAUGAAUUCGACUCCAAUUGCUCUGAACAAGGCAGCCAUGCGGAAGUACGAGGACCUGGAGGUCCCGUGCGAGUGCGUCCUGGCCAGCUACGUGUGGGUGGACGGCACCGGGAUAAACCUCAGGUCCAAAGACAGGACGUUCGAUUUUGUCCCAAAGACCAUAAAAGAUCUACCGAUUUGGUACUUCGACGGCAGCAACACUGGGCAAGCCAAUCCGGAUAAUUCAGACACGUUUAUUUUCCCCGAGAAGAUUUACCACGACCCGUUCCGACGAGGCAGCCACAUCAUGGCCCUGGCUGACACCUACACACACAAUUACCAACCGACUCCAUCAAACUUUCGUAAAAACUGCGUGAUGCUCACCGAGAAGGCUGACGUUGAGGAGCCCUGGUUCGGGUUCAACCAGGAGUUCUUCCUGACCACCACGGACGGCCGCCCCCUGGGCUGGCCCGCCGGAGGAUUCCCCGCCCCGCCUGGCCCCUACUAUUGUGCUAUCGGCGCCAAUAAAAUUGUAGCUAGGGACCUGAUGGAAGCCUUUUACAGGUGUUGCCUGUAUGCGGGAAUUAGUUUGAAUGGAAUAAAUCCAGGAACGACGCCCUCUCAAUGGAAUUUCCAGGUAGGACCAAAUCCGGGUAUUCGCGCUGCGGAUGACCUGUGGAUGGCGCGCUACAUAUUGGCGCGACUGGCGGAGGAGUACGGCACCGUCGCCAACUUCGACCCCCAGCCCGUACCCGACUGGCCCGGCAAUGCCACUUUCUGCUACUUCUCCUCAAAAGACAUGAGAGAAGACGACGGGAUUUUGGUUAUUGAACGAGCGAUUGAUAAGCUGGCUCGUCGGCACGGUGCUCACAUCAACGAAUAUGAUGCCAAUAACGGUGCGGACAACGCCAGGCGGCUCACCGGCAAGAAUGGGAUGCCCCAUAUCAGGGACUUCACUGCAGGUGUCGCAAAUAGGAGUUGCUGCGUUAGGAUCCCCAGGCAAGUCUCCGAAGACAAGAAGGGAUACCUAGAGGAUCGACGACCGGCCGCCAAUGCAGACCCCUACAGAGUCAUAUCUAUCGUACUUAGAACUUGCAUAUUCGAUGAAUAAUAUGUUACGAUGGCUUGUGUCAACCGGAGCUCAGAAUAUAAUAGACGUUUUGUAAAUUGAUCAAUUUGUAUAAAGUGUUUAUUCUGCUUCAUUCUUUUUUCUAUAUUAGUCUUAUUGUUGUUGUUAAUUAAACUGGCUCAGCAAUAAUAUUUUUUUCAUAAUACUUAGAUACUAAAGACUAAGCGAAAUACAAAAGUUUGAUUUUUA